AUGGACCAGGUAACUGUAGAAGAAACGCAGGCAGGAGUCAUGCGGAGAAUUGCGAAAAGCACGGAAGGGCCCGAGGGUGCCAAGGAUGAGUAUUAUGUGGACGUGGGAUGCUAUCAUUUUGCUGAAUUCACCUACGCAGUCACCAAGACUAUCCCCCCAACAACUACCGGAUUCGCUCCUCUACCAGAACAGAAUCUGUCCAUCGACACGACAACAACCAUAACACCAACACCACCAUCACCUGUAGCACCCAUAACAACAUCACCAGACCUCGAAUCAAAUCAAAAAUCAAAAUCUUCUUCCUUCUUCCGUCACAUAUUCAAACGCUCAUCACCAACAAGAUACCUUUCAACUGACGAUAUCACAUCACGUAUCCUUGGUCGCUCCACCACUCAUGACAUCGGUUCACCUCUAACCCGAACCAGUUCAUCAUCAUCAGCACCACCUCUCCAGCAGAAAUCUCCAUCUGAAUCAAAAUCACGCUCCUCAAUCAACUCAGCCGGUUCAGGAGGUGGUCGUCAUACAGCAUCACAACACCGUUUCACUGCCCCAUCUCUCCCCACGAAAUCAGGUAGACGCAUGCUCAACGGUCGCGUAUACGGUUCAAAACAUAAUGCAAACCCCUUUGCGAACGUUCGUGAUGAGCCUGAAUUCGUAGAAUGGGGUUACGGCGGUAUGGGAAGUGUAAACUGCAGCAGCGACUCAAAAUAUUCCGUUUUGGCAAAGGGCGCUCCCGCUUUACUUUCUCAUAGUCAAGCAAAAAUCCCUGGACCCCGUGGUGGUGCUGUAGAACCCGUGGAAAGGAAUGAUGGCGUGGGUGUCCCAUCCCCAGAUGACGAAGAUGACGGCAGUGGUAUGGGUUGGGUAAAGAAAAGGAGGUUGCAAAGGGAAAGGGAACGUCUCGCUAGGGAGAAAGAGGCCGCCGAUACAGAUUCAAGGCGGACAAGUACCGACGGAUCUUCUGCGAUGGGCAGUACAACCACUGAUCUAUCCACUCUCGCUACCUCUUCAGCCCCUACAACCCCUCCUAGCACAACAGAUAUUCUCCCACCCCCAGCUCAAGACUACAUCUUGGAGGCUUCGACACUACACACUCCCAAGUCGAGCCUGCCAAGGACAGCCCAAGCACAACCAGUGAGAGCAGUAGAUGAAGGCGGCGCUCCUAAAGAGGAAGAUUCAGACGAGAGCGAGGUUGAGGAAACAGAGGAUCACCGAAAGACAUCCUUAGGUGCUGGUGUCGAAAAGAUAAGCAGGCACAAAGAGGCCGUGCAUUGA